CUAAGUAAGUCCUUUGACACCAAGGUUAAAAUUAUAAAAUUUCGUGUUUUAUUUUUUGCCAGCGACUACCGAAUAAAUUUUCUCCGGCCGGCGGGUUUCGGGAGCAGAUCAUCACCAGCUUCUCUCUAGUCUCUCUGUGGUUGAGGAUCUGCAAAGGAGUAUCUAUCCAUCGCAGGUUUUCAACAAUGGUUUUAUUACAGUUGGACCCAUUCCUCAAUGAACUGACGAGCAUGUUCGAGAAAAGCAAAGAGAAGGGUUCUGUGUGGGUUACUUUGAAAAGAUCAUCUUUGAAGUCUAAGCUGCAGAAGAGGAAACUGAGCUCUGCUGGAGAAUCCAUAGAGUACAGAUGUCUUAUUCGAGCUACUGAUGCUAAGAAAACCAUUUCUACUUCGGUUGGGACCAAGGAUCACCAAAGAUUUCAAGCAUCAUAUGCCACCAUCCUUAAAGCUCACAUGACUGCUUUGAAGAAGAGGGAAAGAAAAGACCGUAAGAAAUCCACUGAGGCAGAGAAGAAAGAAGGCACCUCAACCACCACUAAAACCAAGAAACUUUGAUUCUCUUCUCUUAAUGAUUUGCAUUUUGUUGCCUAGAACUUGAAUUUUGAAAAAAAGAUUUCAGAGAUUUUGAUUCGUCAUUAUAUAGAGUUUUGGCUUGCGUUUUUUUUUUAAA